UGGCCAACUAUCCGCAAGCAACAAGUGUAUCGUACAUAUAUCUAUUUGUUUGAUAACGGCGCGCCUCCGUUUAGCAUAUUAAAUAUGAAUAUCGUUCGCGUGCGAUUCACGGAAAGCAGGCAGUAAGCAAAUGAAAAGGAACGAACAAAAAAGAGUAGGAGAAAUAUGGCAUUGUAGUGAAGAAACAAUGUGAAUAAAUCGUAUGAGUAUAUGGCGAUAUGCGACGUGUCGGUAGUUUUCACGCAACUCCAGCUCACAAUCCGUUGAGUCGUUAUACGAUUGUCGGCUACAAAUUCAGUCGAAAAUCGCUUGCAUAUCGAAUCACACGGUUCGUAUUACCGCUUAUCAGAGCCGUUACAGACACAGGUGACUGUCAAAGUUUGAAGUUUUUCUGCUGUGCAACGACAAAAUAAAAACCAGAACAAAGAAAAAAGAAAACGAAAAUAAUCUUUUGAAGAAUCACCCAAAGUGCGUGCAGAAAAAAAAACACAGAGACAAAGAAAAAACGAAAUCCCUGAAGAAAUUUACAUUAAAAUGGUGCAAUGCGAUAAAAAUCGUGAUGCGAUGGCUACAAAACCGAUCGGUGAAAUAGUUCAGACAGUGUUAUCGGUGGCAAAAAGUGCGCAACGCAUAACCCUUGGUUUUUCUGAUGCAAUCAAAUUAUUAUCAAAUACACCCGAGGAGGCGCAGUUCUGCUUCUUGGCCGAACCAAAGUUUGGCGACAGUGCGACUCAUAUGAAUGAAGUGCUUUUGCAGGCAUUCUGCUAUGAGCACGGAAUCUAUAUCAUAAAAGUGGAUAGCGGACGGAAAUUAGCACACGUUUUGGGGACAUUGAAUGCAGACGAAACAUGCGUAUUGAUACGGAAAUCCGCCACAGACCAUGACAACAACGACGACGUUGACAACGAACACAACGAUAUGGAUGGCAACGAAGAUGAUGCAACGACCACUACUGCAGCUUCAUCACAAAGUGAAGAGGAUAUUUUGGUGAAUUUUUGCGAAAAUACCUGGCACAAUGCUGACUAUUGCAUUGUCAAAUUGCCCGAAUUAUGAACGACGAAGAUCCCAUUCGUUCCAAUUUGCCAAUGCCGCCAUCGACGCCGCUGUUGACGACGACGACGACCGCAACAACAUUUCAAAUCGAUUCGUUAAUUCGCUUUAUUGACAAUCAAUUUGGAAUAUCAAUUAUCACUUUUUUCACUGUGUGAAAUGCAGAGUACUGCUAUUCCAAGAAAAAAUAAAACUGAAUACGCUGAAUCUGACCGAUAUGAACCGUGUUCCGUGUUCACGUACUUUAUGCGUGGCAAUCAUCAAAAAGAAGACGUAAUUUCGUUGUGCAAAGCACAAAAAAUGGAGCCCAACAUCGACGCAAAAUUGCAACGCAACCACAUUUUUUCCCUUCACUGUGUGUAACCAUAAAUAGUUCUGAAGAAACUGUGUUUGAAAAGCGAGCACAAAAAAAUCAAAUCGCAUUUAAAAUAUGUGUGUCGUAUCAGAUUUAUAGUAUGUACGGAGUUUCCGUUCUUCAAUUAAAUUUUUAAAUUAUCAUUUUUUUUUGUUUGUUUUCUGUUUUGCACUGCUGCUGUUGAUGUUUUGAAAAAUCAUCGGCAUGUCACAUGGGGAAAUGUGAUUUAUCAGGUUUUAUUUUUGAUUUAAAGAGCCACAGCACGGCAUAUUUCAACAUCACCUUUUUUUUGUGUGUGUACUAUAAAUGCUAAGUUCAUCGUAAAAAUUCAGUCCGUAUCAUUAUGAAUUGGUUUUUGUUCAAUUUUUACAUGAAAUGAGUGUCACAACGUACACAAAGUAUGAAAUGAAACAAACGACGCUAAUUUUCGCAUUAAAGUGCAUCAAAUGCGUUUUAAAUAUAUUUGAAUACAUAUUGCACCGAUAAGACGAAAAAAAAGCACCCAUACACAAAUCGAUGAUCUAUUUAUAAAACGAUCGAAACUGCGCAUGGUGUUGUUUUCAGUGUCGGUGUCAAAGUUUGUUGUUGUCACUUUUUACCGAAAUGAAAUUGGAAAAAGAUGCAAACGAAAUGGAGAAUAGAAUAUUUUUUGACAUGUUAAAAAAUGCAGGCGCUUCUUAAUUUCUACUGAAUUGUACAUGUUUCUUUACUUUAUUUAAUUUAAGCUCAAAUAACUUUAAGCAAAACAAAUGGAUAAAAUAAAAACAAAUUGAUCGUGUGAACCAAAAAUGUCUGGAUGAGAAAAGCAAAAAGUUUCUUUGAAAUCAUAAUAAUAAAAAAAAAUAAACAAUGAUAUGCAAUUGAAA